CUGAGACAUCAACUCAUCGACAUAUAAUACAAAGUACUUGAAAUCAACAUCUUAAGAAGCAUUUCCUCAUCCUUCUAACUGUUUAACAUCAUGGCUGACGUGUAUUUCAAUUUGGCUGCCACUUCAGAAAGCUACAAACAUGUGGAAGAAGAGUCAAUGAUCGAGACCUGCGAACACAAUGCAGAGUGUGACCUGCAUUCAGGAAUCGACAUCGAGGUGACCGACGAGCCCCAUAACAUGCGUCAGUUGGUAAACCUCGUCAUCGCCGUGCACCGGCUGAAGAAAACCCUGAAGCCGCAGAGCACUGAAUUUUCUGACGAGGAGCUGUGCAACAUUUUCUUUGAGAAUGUGGUGGAAGAGUUUGUGACACCGACAGUCCGUCAAAAAACAGCAAGUGCUGCUGACCACUAUGACGCGUCUGAGGAAGAGGAGCAGAAGUGCUUCAUCUGUGAUGUGCGAAACAAGUUCCUGGUUCUAAGUAAAGGAGUCACCUCGGAGCUGCAGGCCAUCACUCUCCAGAGUGGGAACAAGAGCAGAAGGGUACAACUGGGACUGACAACAUACAUACCCUCCGUCACACCUGCCAAAGGCCGACCUAUUGCCCUGGGGGUGGGAGGAGACCUCUACCUCUCAUGCACGUCAUCCUCUGGGAAACCUGUUCUUGGCUUAGAGGAGGUGAAAAAGGAAAACCUGAAGAGCAUCAGCGGCGACAUGACGCGAUUCCUGUUCCACAAGACGGUCUCUGGGCAAACAGGGACCAGCUUCGAGUCAGUGAAGUACGAGGGCUACUUCAUCAGCACAGCGUACAGUGAUGGACAGCGGGUGGACAUGUGCCAGAGUCGGGAUGUCCCGGACCGCAUGACGACUUUCACGCUUGUGUAAAAAUCGCCACGUCUAGCCACCAGAAACCAAACACCCAGACAGUAUGCACAAUGUGCAGCCUUUUGUCUGGGUGUUUCAUUUUAUUUCAAAACCUUAGCAGAGUUGUAGGGUUGAGAUCAAGAUCCCUAAACUCACACAGUAUGGAUUUCCAAACUUAUAUUUGGGGAAAUUUCAUUUGUCAUCGUAAAUACAAAUUGUAUUAUCUAAGUUAGAAGUUCAUAUUGAAUUCCUGUGGAUGUCAUUUUAUUCAUUUGUAUUUAUGGAAUUAUUUUGUGGGCUGGAGUUCCUCUGAUUUUUUUAUUGAUCUAUUUAUCUACUUAUUUAUAUACUGUAUGUAUUUAUGUAUGGUAUUUAUUUAUUAAUCUGCGAAUUCUGAUAACAUAUUUGAUCAAGUUCUGAUGAUCUACUAUUUACCAUGAAUCUACCACAUAAUCAACCAUGACUUUGCAAAGCAGAACUGUCCAUGGGUAACUUUCAUACACUACAUGUGGAAGGAGCAUUGACACAGAAUAACAUGUCAUAUAUCUUAAUCGUAGUGUUUUUAAUGUAACUCUGAUGUCCUCCAGAAGUGAUGAUACACUAGAUGAUUUAGAAGAUCUGCUGUGUUGAAAAUUAUGGAUGUGUUUUUGUAGGCUACUUUGUGCUUUGCUUUCAAAAUAAAAGUGUUCAAGAAUCA